CACACUGUACACGAUCUAAAAUGUCUGUGACACUGCAUACCGACGUGGGCGACCUCAAAAUAGAGCUCUUCUGUGAUGCCUGCCCAAAAGCAUGCGAGAACUUCCUGGCCCUGUGUGCCAGCGACUACUACAGCGGCUGUGUCUUCAUUCGAAACAUAAAGGGAUUCAUUGUCCAGACCGGCGACCCCACCAAUACGGGAAAGAAUGGCCAGUCUAUUUGGGGAACUAAAUUCGACGAUGAGUUCAAGGAAACCGUCAAGCACACUGACCGUGGAAUGGUUUCGAUGGCGAACAAUGGGCCAAACGCUAACGCCAGCCAGUUUUUUAUCACGUACGCCGCCCAGCCGAACCUAGACUUGAAAUACACGCUGUUUGGUCGUGUAAUCGACGGCUUUGACGCCCUUGACGAGCUCGAGAAGCUGCCUGUCAAUCCCAAGAACUACCGGCCGCACGUGGACAAAAAGAUUAACGGAGUAACCAUACACGCCAAUCCCCUAGCAACGUGAUAGACAAUGACUACAAUUGGUUUGCUUAAAAGGAAACGUAUUUAUAGUACUUAAGCUAAUUGAUUUGUUCACUUACAUACUAAUUGGUUGAGAAACAUAGAAUAUUGUGCAAAGGGUGUUCUAGGACUAACAUC